CCCAAAAGAAAACCGAUCUCCGGCUUAAAGAAAGAUUGUUGAUGAUGAAAACAAAGAGGAUGGUUAGUUGAGCAGUGUCUUUCUAUAUAUAUAUAUGUCAGCAAACAUCAAUCUCCAUAUUCUUUCCCUCUCAACACAACAACAUAUUUAAUUACUCUGUGUGUGUGUGUGUGUGUUUCUUUUUAACAAAUCAGAUCCCCAACACACUAAUUAAACCAAUCAAAUCUUACAAUAACAACAACAGGCGUUCAAUCUAUCAAAUCUUUUUUCAUUGAUAAAAUCAAUUGAAUUGAAUUGGAAGAAAAAAGAAAAUGGAAAAAGGCCCUCCUCUAUUUUACAGGGAGGGCUUGCCAACCACAAUCCCUAAACAUGAUAAAAAACCUCAUCGUUGGAGAUCUUCAUCGCCUUCUUCUUCGUCUUCAACGGCUUCGAUUCUUUUGGCUUUUUGUUCUUGUCUCGCCUGGCUUUACAUUGCUGGCAGGUUGUGGCAAGAUGCUGAGAACAGAACUUUGUUGUCUAAUCUGCUUAUGAAGAAUUCUGCCCAGAGACCAAAGGUUCUAACUGUUGAAGACAAGCUAAUGGUCCUAGGAUGCAAGGAUUUAGAGCGAAGAAUUGUGGAAGCUGAGAUGGAAAUAACACUAGCCAAGAGUCAAGGAUAUCUCAAGAACCAACUGAAGCAGCCCGGGUCUUCCAAUAAAAAGCUUCUUGCUGUAAUUGGUAUUUACACUGGAUUCGGGAGUCGGUUAAAAAGAAAUUCUUUCAGAAAUUCUUGGACGCUUGGAGGUGGUUCUUUGAAGAAGCUUGAAGAAAGAGGAAUAGUCAUACGUUUCAUUAUUGGCCGGAGUCCAAAUCGCGGUGAUAGCUUGGACCGCAACAUUGAUGAGGAAAACCGCACAACACAUGAUUUUAUGAUUCUUGAUGGUCAUGAGGAGGCUGAUGAAGAAUCAUCUAAAAAGGCAAAGUUUUUCUUCAGCACAGCUGUUCAAAAUUGGGAUGCUGAGUUUUAUGUAAAAGUUGAUAAUGAUAUUCACCUUGAUCUUGAGGGGUUAAUUGAGCUUCUUGAAAGCCGCCGUGGUCAAAAUAGUCUUUAUAUUGGAUGUAUGAAAUCAGGAGAAGUAGUUUCUGAAGAGGGAAAGCAGUGGUAUGAACCUGAGUGGUGGAAGUUUGGAGAUGAGAAAUCGUACUUUCGGCAUGCAUCUGGCUCACUUUUUAUCAUAUCCAAAAACUUUGCACAGUACAUCAAUAUUAACAGUGCAUCUUUGAAGACUUAUGCUCAUGAGGAUACAUCAGUUGGUUCAUGGAUGAUGGGUAUACAAGCAACCUAUAUAGAUGACACCCGUGUGUGUUGUAGCAGCUCUCGACAAGAUAAAGUUUGCUCUUUGGGUUGAUCAGGCGAGUUAAUGAUCUAACCAUAUUGGGGGUUCAACAGAUGUUUACCCGUAUCUAUAAGUCUUUUUCGCCAUUUUGUCACAUAGUUAGAUGUAAAGAAAAUCUUAGCAAAUCGUUAUUUUAGAUAGAGGGGGUUGCCCACAUUUUUCCAGAAAAAAUGUGUUUUUUAUCUGGUAAACUUUAUAAAGUUCCUUGAUCUUUAUAGUGCACUCAAUGAUCAAGAUUGAAGAUGAUAGACACAAUGUAUACUGGAAUUGUUUAUUGAUCAUCUCUCCCAAAAGUUCAUUCA